AGAAAGGCUUCUGCGUCAUGUGCAGGAUGGAAGUGCACGUUCAACAGGUCCUGCAUUCCUCAGCCAGUGCCAUCGAGCCUUGGGCUGUCGUCGAUUUUCUCACAGAAAUAGGAGAAAAUUUCCAGCAUGGCAGGCAGGAGGACGCCCACGAGUUCUUACGCUGCACCAUGGAUGCCAUGCAGAGAGCUUGUCUGAGAGGAAACAGCGACUUGGACAUGUCCUCUCAAGCAACCACCAUCGUCCAUCAGAUCUUUGGGGGCUUUCUGAGAUCCAGAGUCACAUGCUGGAGCUGCCAAGCGGUUUCCGAUUCCUACGAGGCCUUCCUGGAUGUUCCUCUGGAUAUCAAAGCAGCCGCAUCUGUCACCGCAGCUCUGGAAGACUUUGUGAAACCGGAGCACCUGGAUGGUGAAAACUGCUUUAAAUGUAGCAAGUAAGGCCAUUAUUGAUGAUGUAUUCAUACUGGAUCCUGUGCGAAGGUGUCAUUGAGCAGAAGUCAGCUUUUCACAUUGAAUUAAGGCACAGUAAUGAGACGCAGGUUUUUUAACAUGGCAUUAUGGUACUGAAUAGCCUUAAAAGAGCAGAGGGAUGUGUGAGACAGGAAAGUCUGUCUGGCCUUUGGGGGAAAAAAUGGUGCGUUUCAGCCCUUGGCUCUGUCCUGGCUUUCAAGGUGUGACAAGGUGACUGCCGCCUCCAAGAGGUUCUCGGUCCAUCGCGCGCCCAAGGUUCUCACGGUCUGUCUGAAGAGGUUUGAAGCUUUCACCGGCGACAAGAUCAGCAAGGUGUGUGCACAACUGGAGUGCAACGUUCUCUUCCUGGAGCGGGUUUCCCAAAGCCGGACGCUCUGUCACAAGCUGCUCAUGUUGAGAUUUUCACGUUCCCUUCUGGGGACACUUCCUGUGGGAAGACAAGUGUGUCCUCUGCUCCCACAGAGCUGCUUUGGUCCAGAUGAGUUUCCUGCCACCCAACUCGGGACAUAUUGCUGUGUCCUGAAGUGUUCCAGGGUCAUUGCUGAGCCCUCCUGGUCUCUCCGUAGGUCGUGGAGUAUCCCCAGUACCUGGAUCUUCGCCCGUACAUGUCUCAGGCAGCCGGAGAACCGCUCCUCUAUUCCUUAUACGCCGUCCUGGUGCACGGAGGUGGCAGCUGCCGUGCAGGACACUACUUCUGCUACAUAAAGGUGAAAAGCUACUUCCUUCUGAACAACGGAAAAAUGUAUCCUGGGGAAAACUGACUUUCCUGGCCGUGUUACUGACAGCCACGGAUUUGAUGGGAGAAGGUUUCCUCAGGGGCUGGAAUGCAUAUGUUUUGAACACUGCUGGUUGGGCAGUUUUUGGCCUGUGUUUUGUGGAGAAGCCGUGCCAUUCAUCUCCAGAUAUCGACGCUUUUCUUUGCAGGCCAGUGAUGGACUGUGGUACCACAUGGACGACAAGUCUGUGGAUCUUUGCGACAGUGACACAGUCCUCAGGCAGCAAGCCUAUUUACUGUUUUACAUCAGGUAAUCACAAGUUUUAAACUGUGUUCAGAACACAUUUCCUUUUCCUGGCUUUGCUAUUUUUCUUCUCAUCCUGUUGAGUGUUUCUGUCAUAGCAGACAAUUACCACCUGCAUCCUUC